CCCCCAAACGAGCACCCAGUCCGCAAACUGGCACCUGCAGCAUCCCGGCCCCUCCUAGCUGUCAUUUCGGGGGGGCUCUAGGAGUCACCAUGACCCUGCAGUCUCUUCGAGAGGUGACCCGCGGUGUCCCCCGGGUGUCGCUGAGGCAUCCCUAGCGGGAGCAGCUGCAUCACCUCCCGAGGGAGCGGCUGAGAAGGAGGGGUGCCUGUAAUUCCUGUCCGGUCACAUGGGGAAGCCGCGACAGGAACGGGGACCGAGCGUGGGAGCUGCAGCGGACGUACCGCGGGGACGGGGCGGACAUGGGGACAGUCCCCAAAGUCCCCAAGAUGGAGGUGGAAGCCCGCCCGGCCACCCCCGAGCCCCCCGCCCUACUGAAGAACUACAAGUGGCGCACCGCGACUGCCCCCGGCAGUCAACCGGCGGCGACCCCGAAAGGGGCGGGAGGUCCCCGGGGAGCCGCUGCUGGGAGCGGAUGCAGGGCUGGAAACGCUCCUACAGCCGCCCCGGCACUGACGGCGACAGGGCUGGUGACAGUGGUGACCCCAAGGCCAGCGCGUGCGGGUCCCUGUUCCAAAAGGCGUUUUUCGCCCCCUCCAAGGCGCCCAAGGGUACAGGGGACCCGAGGGGAACAGGAGAGGACAAGGCUACCCCUGCAGCAGUACCUGCAUUCCGAGGACAGGAGGAGGCAACAGGGGAGUCAGGGCAGCUCUGGGGGUACAGGAUGGGGCAGGUGCUAUACUUAGGAGAGGUGGAAUAUCUGUGUUCACCAGGCUGGAAUGGCUUUAUUCUGGAGUGAAAGCUGAAUGCUGGAUGCUGAAGUAAUUUCAGAGCAGCACAGAACAUGCUGAGUUGAAAGGGACUCUUCAGGAUCAUUGACUCCAACUCCUACCCUGCACAGAACACCACAACAAUUCCACCAUGGGCCUGAGAGCAUUGUCCAAAUGCUUCCUGUCCCAAAACAUACUUGAGGCUCGUACCACUUCCUUAGGGACCUUGUUCCAGUGCUCAACCCCCCUCUAGGUGAAAAACUUUCUCCUGAUAUCCAACCUGUCCUCCCCUGACUCAGCUCCAGCCAUUUCCUUGAGUCCUGUCCCUGCUCAUGAGAGUGAAGAGCUUGGUGCUGGCGCCUGCACUGCCUCUUGGGAAGAUGUUGAAGAGUGCAGUUAGGUCUCACCUGAGUCUCCUCUUCUCCAGCUGAACAAGCCAAGUGUCCUCAGCAGUUCCUCACAGAGCCCCUUGAGACCCUUCCCCAUCCUUGUGACCUCCUCUGGACACUCUGCAAUGGCUUUAUAUCUUUUUUAUAUUGUGUCGCUCAAGGUGAGGCCACCCCAGUGCAGAGCAGAGCGUGGCAAUCCCGUCCCCAGCCCAGAGGCCAGGAUGCUGGGCCUGCUGCCCCCAGGACACAGUGGCACUUUGGACUGCCAGGGCACUGUUGAUUCAUGUUCAGCUUGUCAUUGGGCAGGACCCCCAGGUCCCUCCCUGCAGCUGCCCUGCAGCCCCUCUUUCCCCUUUCCAUACGCCAAGCCAGGGGUGCCCAUCCCAGGGGCAGAAUCCUACCCCUCCCUUGUUAAAGUCCACCCUGUUGGUGAUUGUCCAUCUCUAUAUGGGACGUCUCUCUGCAGAGCCUCUCUGCCCUCCUGGCAGGUGACAGUUCGUCCCAGUUUGGUGUCAUCUGUAAAUUUACUGAUUAUCCCUUCAAGUCCUGUGUUCACGUCGUUAACAAAGACGUUGGAGAGCAGAGGCUGCCAAUGGAGCCCUGCAGAACCCUCUGGUGACCACUGCCAGCGUGGUGUCACCCCAGUCACUGCCACCCUUGGUGCCUGACCCAUGAGCCAGUUGCUCACCCAUUCCACAAUGUGUUCAUCCAGGUGUGUGAUGGACACUUUGUCUAGAAGCAUUCUGGGAGACACAGUAUCAAAAGCUUUGCUGAAAUCCAGAAAGAUUCCAUCUAGUGGCUUUCCUGGAUCAACCAAGUGGGUUCCCCUGUCAUAGAAGGAAAUCAGAUUUCACAAGCAGGACUUUCCCCUCAUGAAGCCAUGCUGACUCUGACUGAUGCUUGCAUUGUCCUCCAGGUGUUUUUCAAUACUUCCCAGAACAAACUUUUCUAUUAUUUUUUCAAGUAUCAGAGUGAGACUGACAGGCCCGUAGUGUCUGGGAUCCUCCUUGCCCUUGAAAAUCAGGACAAAAUUCUCCAGCUUCCAGUCAGCUGGGACUCCUCAAAUCCCAGAUCUGAACUCUGUGUUUGUUCUGAUUUCUUCAGGGGAAGCAGCCUGCUCACAUCUGCAUGUAUGAGCUUCUAUUCUUCUCAGGCAAACCCACUUUGAGGGCAGUAACAGUUAAAAGAACAAUUAAAUAUACUUUCUGAUUACAGGCACAAAGUCAUUGUGGAUAAAACAAUAUCUUUAAAAGCUUUUUAAAGUGGGACUCACAGCACACAAGUGAACUGCCAUGACCUUUUUUUGGAAAAAAAAGUCAAUUGUGAAUUUGUCAUGGUUUACAGAAAGGAAACUGUAGAAGCCUUGCUUAAAUGAGGGCUCAUCUAUGGCACAGUUUGAAGCACUCUCCUUUUCCUCUGAAGGAAAUGUCUUUGUGGGCAUGCCCUCUGUGGAAACAACUAUGCUUUCAUCUAGGCUCUAAGAUCCAGACAACACAAUGGUAGUUGCAGUGGAGAAGGACCCAGUGCACCGCAUCUGCUGACAGCUGGCAACGGAGCCGUGAGAGUGGAAAAUGUGAUGGCAUAGCUAUCUGAGAAAGAAAGUACAGAGAUGCAGUGUGUUGUGCACUGUUUCAGGGCUGCUUGGAGAAGGGAAGAACUCCGAUGGACGUGAAGACCUGAUAAACCAUGAUAACACUAGUGUUGGAUGACAAAAAUAAUGUUUUCCCUCCCUUUAUGGUAACACGAGGUGAUGAUGUUACAAUAACACAUAAAUUACUUGCUGAACCCCUCAUCAAACCUAUACAUAGUUAUGAAAUCCCCUCUGUGUUAUUUUUUGCACUCUGAGAUCAGGUAAGGAACCACCACAACCCCCACUUGUACUAGCGGAUCAUGAUGUCCCCAGUAUUAAGAAAUGAGAAAGGCAGGAAUGGGGGUGCAGGGGGUCCAAGGACAAAGGAAAAGGAGGGUCUGGAGGCUGGAGAGACAGGGUGGCUGGAAAAGGGGGUUCGGGGUCAUUCUGUGCAUGGAAUGGUGGAUCAGGCCAUCUUGGUGCUCUUGAAUUGCAGUUUAAGUUUCCCAGUGCUGGGAAUUGCAGUUUGGGGGGUUCCCAUGGUAAGGAAAGGUGGGGAUAAGGGUGGGGAGAGGCAAGAUCUCCGGGAAAAAGGGUUCAGGGCAUCACCGGUGUUGAGGAAAGGAGGGUUUGGGGACUGGGAAAGGCAGGAAUGGGCACAGGGUGCCAGGUUCAAGGGAAAGGAAGAGGCUGGGGGCUGGGAGAGGUGGGAUGGCUAGGAAAGAGGACAGAGAGUGAUGCCAGGGCCAGGCAAUGGGGUGCAGGGGGGGUCUUGAUGCACAGGAAUGUGGGGCUCAUGGGGGUCACGGUUUCAGACAAUAGCAGUUCCAAUUCCCAGGAAUUCCAGUUCAGGGGUGUUCCAGUGCCAGGGGUCCCACUCACCCCUCACCACCUCUGAGGAGUGUCCCCAGACCCAGUGCUGGAACCACCGAUGGAGCUGCUACGCUGCGGCCUGGCCCCCAGAGCCGCCUCUGGGCCCGCGAUUGGCACCGCUGUUUCCUGCUUGCCAAUGGCAGCUGGGGAUGUUCUUGACAGAGGAGACCCUGGGUGGGGGCACGUGAAGCUCCUGGCCCACAGUGAAUGCCCCUUCUUUGGCUCAAACCACCCCCGGGGCCAUUGCUUGUGUCAUGUUCCCAUAGCCAGGAACAUGGGAUGGUUUCUUGAGUAAUGUGCCCAUGGUCACCCCUGGGGCCAUCACUUGGGUAAUGUCCCCACAGCUACCCACAGGGCCAUCGCUUGGGUAAUGUCCCCCCAGCCACCCACAGGGCCAUCGCUUGGGUAAUGUCCCCCCAGCCACCCACAGGGUCAUCGCUUGGGUAAUGUCCCUGCGGCCAUCCUCAAGGCCAUUUCUUGGGUAAUGUCCCUGUGGCCACCCCCAGGGCUAUCGCUUGGGUAAUGUCCCCAUGGCCACAUCAGUUGAGAUCAGAUGUACUUGAUGCUGGACAGUAGCGGUGAUCUGAUAACACCUCCCUGAGGAGGAAGAACCCAUCACCCGCUCACACAACAGCCAUAGGGGUUGCGACACACAAAUCAUCCAAAACAGCAGGCUUGCACCCCACAGCCCCUCACUCUUCUCUGACGGCAUCUCCAGGACAUCACUGCAGCUUGUCAUGGCCACCUACAAGGUGACAGUGGCAACAGGUGACAUGGUGGAAGCUGGGACCAACAACUCCAUCUCUAUCACCCUGGUGGGCAGCUAUGGCGAGAGCCGCCAGACCACCGUCUCCUUCUUUUUCCUUCCAGGGAAGGAGAAGAGCCUGUCUGUGCACUGUGGGCAGGACUUGGGCCCCAUUGUCCUCAUCCGCCUGCAUAAGUGGCGGCUCUUCCUGGAGGAUGCCUGGUUCUGCAAGGAUGUCCGGGUGACAGCCCCCAACGGCACCCUGUAUCGUUUCCCCUGCUACCAGUGGCUGGAGGGAGUCACCACGGUGGAGGUGCGAGAGGGCUCAGGGAAGAAGCUGGUGGAUGACAAGCUGCAGAUCCUCAAGGAACAUCGUCAUCGGGAGCUGGCAGCACGGCAGGAGGCUUACCGGUGGAAGAACUUUGCCCAGGGCUGGCCCCGUUGCCUCAACGUGGACUCCAUCUUCGAGCUGGACUCCAACAUCCAGUUCUCCCGCAUCAGGGCCAACAACUUCACUGGUUUCCUCAUCUUCCAAGGGGCCUCCCACUUUCUGUCAGGGUUCCUACUGAGACGCAGCUCCUGGAACAGCCUGGAUGAGAUGCGCACCAUCUUCUCUCGGACACAGGGCAGGGACAUUGUCCCUGAGUAUGUGGCCAAGCACUGGCAAGAGGAUGACUUCUUCGGUUACCAGUUCCUCAAUGGCAACAACCCCAUCAUCAUCCAUCGCUGUACCACACUGCCGCUCAAAUUCCCAGUGACACCAGAGAUGGUCGCUGGCUCACUGAGAGGCGGCACUGACCUGGGCAAGGAGCUGCAAGAAGGUCGGAUUUUCAUUUUGGACUACAAGGUGCUGGAGGACAUCCCAAGUGACACCAUUCACGGGCGCCAGCAGUACGUAGCCGCCCUGCUCUGCCUGCUUCACCAAGGCACCGAUGGGCUCCUGCGCCCCAUCGCUAUCCAGCUCAGCCAAACACCAGGACCCCACAGCCCCAUCUUCCUGCCGAGUGAUGAUGAGUGGGACUGGCUGUUGGCCAAGACCUGGGUGCGCAACGCCGACUUCUACAGCCACCAGCUCCUCACCCACCUGCUGAGGACCCACCUGUUUGGGGAGGUCUUUGCCAUCGCCACGCUGCGCCACCUGCCCACCUGUCACCCCCUCUUCAAGCUCCUCAUGCCCCACUUCCACUUCACACUGCACAUCAACACCUUGGCCCGCAGUGUCCUCAUAAACCAGGGUGGCCUCAUUGACAAGGGUUCAGGGGUGACCUAUGAGGGGCUGCUGCUGGUGGUGCAGCGAGGCCUGGAGCAGGUGACCUACACGUCCCUGUGCCUCCCCGAUGACAUCCGCCACCGUGGCAUGUCCCAUGUCCCCAACUACCACUACCGAGAUGAUGGGAUGAGCCUCUGGGAAGCCAUUGAGAGCUUUGUCACCGGCAUUGUGACAUUCUACUAUGGUGGGGAUGCAGCGGUGAGCGGGGACACCGAGCUGCAGGCCUGGGUGAUGGACAUCUUCACCAAUGGUUUCUUGGGCAGGACCUCCUCAGGUAUUCCCUCGUCGCUGCAGACAGUGGUGGAGCUCAUCAAGUUCCUCACCAUGGUGAUGUUCACCUGCUCGGCGCAGCACGCGGCUGUCAACAAUGGGCAGUAUGAUCUGGGGGCCUUCGUCCCCAACGCCCCGUCCUCCAUGCACCACCCACCACCCAGCGAGAAGGGCCGGGCCUUCCUCCAGCACUUCCUCGACACCAUUCCUGAGGUGGCCACCACUGCUAACAUCCUGGUUGCGCUCAUUCUCCUCAGCUCCCAACUCAAGGACAGGAGGCUCCUGGGACAGUACCCGGAGGAGUGGUUCACAGAGGCGGAACCCCGGCGGCUCAUUCGGGCCUUCCAAGGGCGGCUGGAGGAGAUCCGGGACCAGAUUGAGGAGAGGAACCACCUGGCUGAGCUGAGAUACAACUACCUGAACCCACUGGAGACGGAGAACAGCAUCUCCAUCUGAGCACAGGAGCUGCACCCGCCCACCACCACCAGCACUCCCAGCACCCUGCCCCUGGGCACCCUCAAGAGACAGAACCACCAGCAUCUGGACAUCCCAUACACUCAGCAUCGCUUACAUGGCCAUCCCCAACACCCUUGUCACCCAGCAUCCUGCACUUGGACAACCCCAGCAACCCCACACCUGGAGAUCUCCAGCAUCUACCCCCCAGCUCCCUCAGCAAACCCCACUCCAUUUUCCUCUCCCCAAUAAAUGCCAGCUGUCAAUCAAA